AUGCUUGCGAUGAACAGUUUGGGAGUCCAAGCUUUAGGAUAUCUGGCAUUAUCGCCAAAUGCUUGGGCAAGAUCAUCGGUGGCGGGACUAGCGGUCGCCUCGAGGUUCGUGCAUUACAAGGCUAACCAUAAGAAUUACCCCAAGGUUAACAUUGAUGAUGUCCAGUUGGAGAAACCCAGAUACGGCUUUAGAAAGGAGAGAAAGCCGUUGCUUUCUCUGGAGGUCACGGACACCAUGUUUCCUGCUGCCGAGAUCAGAAGAAAGUACAUUGAACACGGCAAGCCAGUGCCUAUCAAGUUUAAGACCAAGAGUGAUGAAAUCUCCAGAAGAAACUAUGAGAAGUUCCAGGAUGAAUUGGCCCAGGGUCUUCCGCAUUUCAAGGUGGGAGAUAAGAAAGUGUAUUUCCCCAAAGCUCGUGUGUGUUUGUUGAGACCCAACGCCAAACAUACCCCAUAUCAGGCCAAGUUCUUGGUCCCUAGAAACUUCAACAAAAUGGACUUGAGAGAUUACUUGUGGCACGUGUAUGGCUUGAGAGCUUUGAACGUAACCGUGCAGUUAUUGCAUGCCAGCUUCACUCGAGGCAUGGAUGACCACGCCAGGUUCAGAGGUCCUCAAUAUAAGAAGAUGACCAUUGACAUGGCCGAGCCAUUUGUGUGGCCCGAGUUGCCUCAGCAUGUGGUGGACAAUGCCCGUAAGUUCAGAAGAGACCAGACCAGCGCUAUGCAGAUGGUUACGGCACAAGGAUCCGACAAGCAUAAGCCUAAUGAAUCCUUUGACGGAAUCUACAAGAAGCCUGUUUUGGCAGACAUCUUUGUUUCCAGCAAGAACAAGAAGUCUCACGGGGAAAGACUUGAGCGUCUUCGGGCUCAAGAGGAGGCGAUUGGAGACAGGAAGUUAGUUUCCAGCUACUUGGAGUUGUAG